AUGUGUCUGCUCGACAAAAUUGACGAUUUGGAUAGGAAUACGCUACGUCAAAAGGUACACAGUUUUUGGUUAAAAAAGGAGUUGCCGACAAUCGACAAGAUUUUGGAAGCAGUGAAUGAUGAUCCGGCUCUUCCUAACUUCAAACGCACCACAUUGUACACUACUAUUAAAAAAUUGUACUUUGUCUUCACUAAAAGGAAGAGAUGUAGUGUGUUGAUGGAGAGGGAAGAUUUGCUUGUUUGGCGACAAAACUACUUAUAUGAUGUUAGCAAAUUUCGCGAAGAAGGUCGUACCGUUUAUUACCUGGAUGAAACCUGGGUAAAUACAGGCGAUUUUGUUGAUAAGUUGUGGGUUGACAAAUCAAUAAAAUCAAAAUAA